AUGGCGACUCCAUCUCCAACAAAAUUGGCGGUUCAUAGAGAACUAGCUGCUAGACUCGAACAAGAAGAUAAAGUAUCGAGUAUGUCUUCAUCGCGAACAAUUUCCCCAACCAGAAGAAGCUACAUGUUGAGUGUACGAGGAGAUAGGUCAAGAUCAGAACAAGGUCCACAUCCACUAUCAGUUACUCAACACUUAUGGGGUGGUGCCAAAAAGACGAAAAAACGGACUUCGGCUCCCCAAAUGGGUACUAACAACGCAGGCGGAUUGAGAACUGCUCUUAUAUUGAGGUCUAGAAGAUCGUGGCCGGUCGCUCCACUAACACAAUACAGGUACCUAGCAAUUAAAAAAGUUUUUGAGAAUAGCAGCUGUCUAGCUUUACAAAAGUAA